CCCGCUGCCCGGUGCUGGGAGGAGGGAUCGUGAACGCGCCGCACGUCCCCGCGCCUGCAGCCGGCCUCCUCUCUCUCCGGGCGGCUGGGCCAGGCCGCAUCGGGCCGCCCGCAGCCCUCCCCCGGCGCCUGGGAGGGGCGACCGGGGCCGCGUACUCGGGCGGGUGGGCGGCUCUGAGCCACCCUGCCCCCGGGGAAAGGGGCUCCUCGCCGGGAUGCGCGGCAAAGGAGAGGAACCGGCGAGCUGCGGCGGGGUCUGCACGCACGGCUGCGCCGCCGCCGCAGAUUCCAGAGACUUAUUAAAGGAAUUUCCACAGCCUAAAAACUUGCUCAACAGUGUGAUUGGACGAGCCUUGGGCAUUUCUCAUGCAAGGGACAAGCUGGUGUACAUCCAUACUAAUGGGCCAAGAAAAAAGAAAGUCACUCUGCAUAUAAAGUGGCCUAAGAAUGUGGAAGUGGAAGGCUAUGGGACCAAGAAGAUUGAUGCUGAGAGGCAGGCAGCAGCUGCAGCAUGUCAGCUCUUCAAGGGCUGGGGUUUGCUGGGGCCCAGAAAUGAGCUCUUUGAUGCUGCAAAGUACCGGCUUCUCGCUGACCAGCUUGGCUGCCCCGACGAGAGGUGGUGCUCGGAGGGCAAGUGGCGCUCCAAGUCCGGACCUUCUCUCGCUGACUUGUCAACCUGCUGGCGACGGAUGGAGCCGGAUGAUUCCAUCCAGCCCAUGGAACAGGGCAGGAUGCCUAAAGCAAUGAGGAGAGAAGAGCUGGAGGAGGGGGAGCUAGAGGAAGGGGAACUGGAGGAAGGAGAGCUGGAAGAAGAAGCAAUUGAUGUUUCUGAUUAUCUACCUAUGGCACAUCAGGAUGCUCGAACCCCAGGCAGAGAUGCAAGCCGAGGAGGGAGUUCCAUUGAAAUGACAGAUGACAACACUGCCAUCCGUGCCCUGACGCAGUUCCCACUUCCCAAAAAUCUCCUGGCCCAAGUGAUUCAGAUUGCCACCUCUUCCUCCACAGUCAAGGAAUACAUGCAGUUCCGUACGGUAGGCACCAAGACAAAGAUCUGCAAGCUCACGCUCCGCUGGCCCUGUCCGAUGACUUUUGCUGCCAAGGGCCGUCGCAAGGUGGAGGCAGAAAACAAAGCAGCGGCACUGGCCUGUCAGAAGCUUAAGAGCCUUGGCUUGGUGGACAAGAACAACAAUCCCCUCAGCCAUGCCAUGUACAACAUGACUUCACUCCGGGAGCUUGGUGAGAACCAGAGGAAACCCUGCCACAUCAAAGUCCCCGAAGCUACCCUGCGCAAGAUUGAGAACUAUCUGAACCAUUAUCCAGUGGACAUCAGGGAAUCCAGGCCCCGGAUUGCCGAUGACAUGAUGAACCUCAGCAAGGAAUCCGGUGCAAUAAGUGAUGCAAUCACAGGGAAGACAUACAUACCCAUGUUGGAAGCAGAGGAAGUGCGCCUUAGCCAGAAUCUCCUGGCCCUCUGGAAAAGGAGAGGAUCCUCGUGGCAGGAGAGCCACCCACUGCCAGUAGAUCCUCACAAGGACACCAUCCUAUCAGCCAUUGAGCAGAACCCGGUAGUAGUAAUAGCAGGAGACACAGGCUGUGGGAAAACCACGCGGAUCCCUCAGCUCCUGCUGGAACACUACAUCCUGGAGGGACGUGGCGCCCGCUGCAAUGUAGUGAUCACCCAGCCAAGGAGGAUCAGUGCCAUCUCGGUUGCCCAGCGUGUGGCACAAGAGUUGGGUCCCAACAUGAGGAAGAAUGUGGGCUACCAGGUGCGACUGGAGAGCAAGCCGCCCGCCAGGGGAGGAGCCCUGCUCUUCUGCACCGUGGGCAUCCUGCUGCGGAAGCUGCAGGGGAACCCCAGCCUGGAGGGUGUCAGCCACGUCGUGGUCGAUGAGGUCCAUGAGCGAGAUGUCAACACCGAUUUCCUGCUCAUCCUGCUGAAAGGCAUCCAGAAGCUCAACCCUGACCUGCGCCUGGUCUUAAUGAGUGCCACAGGAGACAAUCAGCGUUUCUCACAUUACUUUGGGGAUUGCCCUGUGGUCAAGGUGCCGGGUUUCAUGUACCCGGUGAAGGAGUACUAUCUGGAGGAGAUCUUGGCCAAGCUGGGCCGGCACCGACACCGGCACUACGAGAUCAAGCAAUCAGAUGAUGAAUGUGUCCUUGAUCUUGAUCUGAUCACUGAUCUCGUACUCCAGAUCGAUGCCCACGGAGAACCAGGUGGGAUCCUCUGCUUCCUCCCUGGUUGGCAGGAAAUCAAAGGAGUGCAGCAGCGCCUGCUGGAGAUGCUCGGAUCUCAGAACAGCCGGUACCUCGUCUUACCAGUGCACUCCAACAUCCCCAUGAUGGACCAGCAAAACAUCUUCCAGCGGCCUCCACCUGGUGUCAGGAAGAUCGUCCUGGCCACCAACAUCGCUGAGACCUCCAUCACCAUCAAUGACAUUGUCCACGUGGUGGACAGCGGCACGCACAAGGAGGAGCGCUACGAUCUAAAGACCAAGGUGUCCUGCCUGGAAACGGUGUGGGUGUCCAAGUCAAACGUGGUGCAGAGGCGAGGGCGUGCUGGCCGCUGUCAGUCGGGAUUUGCCUAUCACCUCUUCCCUCGCAGCCGCCUGGACAAGAUGCCAACUUACCAGGUUCCGGAGAUCCUGCGCACCCCACUGGAGAACCUGGUGGUUCAGGCCAAGAUUCACAUGCCGGAGAAAACGGCAGUUGAAUUUCUCUCUAAGGCUCUGGACAGCCCUGAUAUCAAAGCUGUGGAUGAAGCAGUGAUCUUGCUGCAGGAGAUCGGCGUGCUGGACCAGCGAGAAGCCCUCACCACUUUGGGCAAACGCCUUGCUCAGAUCUCCACAGACCCUCGGCUGGCAAAGGCCAUCGUCUUGGCGUCCAUCUACCGCUGCCUUCACCCUCUGCUCGUCAUCGUUUCCUGCCUCACCCGGGACCCCUUCAGCAGCAGCCUGCAAAACCGCGCAGAGGUGGACAAGGCCAAGGCUGUCCUGAGCCGGGAGAGCGGGAGCGAUCACCUCGCGUUUGUCAGAGCUGUGGCAGGCUGGGAGGAGGUGCUGAGACGCAGAGACAGUCGUGCCAGGGACAACUACCUGCAGGACUAUUACCUGUAUGGCCCCAGCCUUCGCUUCAUCAAUGGCCUUGUCAAGCAGUUCUCUGAGAACCUCUACGAAGCCUUCCUGGUGUCAUCCCCAUCUGACUGUACCAUGCCCUCGUCUGUAUGUAACCAGUACAGUGAGGAGGAAGAACUGGUCAAGGGAGUCCUCAUGGCUGGGCUCUACCCCAACCUCAUCCAGGUGAGACAAGGCAAAGUGACCCGUCAAGGGAAGUUCAAACCCAACAGCUACGCGUAUCGGACAAAGGCUGGCACCGUUCUGCUCCACAAGUCAACAAUCAACAGGGAGGCAUCCAAGCUGUACAGCCGCUGGCUAACGUACUUCAUGGCAGUGAAGUCCAACGGUGGCGUCUUUGUGCGGGACUCCUCCCAGGUCCACCCGCUGGCCGUGCUGCUCAUGACCGACACGGAUAUCCACGUCCGAGAUGAUGGCUGGCGAGCGACAGUCUCCCUGACAGACAGCGACCUCCUGGUGCUGGAGGGAGACUCCUACACCAUCCGCCUCCUGCGUGAUUUCCGUGUGUCGCUCUCCAAGAUGGUGGAGACGUGCCUGUGCUAUGAGAUGGCAGCCAUCCCCGGGGACCUGCACCACCAGCACAGCCAGCUGCUCGACAUCCUGGUGGAUCUGCUCAAAGGCCCUCCUGGCAGCUUUGGCGCUUAGGCAGAGCUGGAGGAUUGUGUGGGGACUUGUAAUUUGUAUAAAGAUGUUCACAAAUGUUUAUUUAAAUAAAGUUCUAUUUAUCCCUUG